CACAGAUAUCCAACCAACUGAGCAUCCAUCGCGAUAAAUUACCACCUUUUCCAUAUUCAUCCAAAUCAUCCUUUUCGUUGUCGCGAACCUGCAAUUUUCAUUCUUCCACGUUCUAAUUCCCCCUUCCGAUUCGCGCUACCGCAGAAAUGGGUUUGCCGUGAGUUUUCAGCCUCCUCUGUCCUCGCGCAUGCGAAACUAACAGGUCCAGAUUAUUCGUUGGCCCCACCGAGCCCGAGGUGGCAUCCAAAGCGACAGAAAAAACUGCCGCUGUUCCUCGAUCUUCUAUUCGCCGCCAUCGGACAGUGCGUGGUGUAAAUGCGCGUACGCAAGCGCUGGAACGGCGGCGACGUCUCCUGGCAAUGGCGAACGAUCAGCCAAACUCGAAUGAAUUUGAUCGAAGUCCUACCCCUCCAUUGGUCACGACCGCGUCAAUACGAGAUAUGCCAAUUCAAGCACAACGUAUAGCCGAGCGGGAAGAUGAACUUGAACGCGAUUAUUUGCGCUCUCGCAUUAAUUUGGGACGAAUUGGCCGAGCCAGUCCUGAACCAGAAGAUGACGGACCUUCAAUGAUGCCUCCCGUUCCAGAAUCCAGAGAUUACUAUUCCUUCCGAACCGGCGAACUCAAUCGCCUUCGUCAGAGGUCAGAACUUCAACGACUGGCCCGAAAUCCCGUCCCAACCCCUCCAUAUACGGACUCAGACCUCGAAUUUCUGGCUCGCGGUAGUUCCGACCCUCCCCGCCGGAUAUCGCCUUAUGGCCAUGCAUUGGCAGUCGCACAUAGACAGGCGACAGAGGCAGAGGAAGAACGGUCCCGUCGGAUGGAAGAUUCUGAGCCACGUGGAGGAGUCUCCGGGCGGUCAUCGCUUUUCUCGAACGAGGUAAGUUUUCUAUCGUGUUGGAAAUCUUGGAGAAUACCAAGUUUGGCAGUUACCUAAUGCUAGUAUUUGUGACGGAAAGGCUUAUUCUCAUUGUGUCUAAACUGACGUUCUUUUACAGCGCUCGGCUAGACCCAUCCCCUCAGACCAAAUGGGACCUCCUGUAAGGAGCAGGAGGGCCCUUAGCAGUAUUGAAAGACGACGAGCCGCUCGACAUGCUUAUUCCGACGGCCUGGGUGAUCGAGACCGUAGCUUAAGCCCAGAAAAUGGCGCAGUUUGGGAUACGCUUCUAACAAGCAUAACUCCGGACCCUCAACCUCCCAGCGCUGGCUCAUCGUUUACUUCUGCUGCUGCCGCUGCUUCCUCAAGUACAGCUUCUGGAGUAGCUUCAAUCAGUACUUCAAUGACUAGCACAGGCCCAUCUGAUGACCCCACACCUGUACGGGAUUGCGAUGUCUCUGAUUCUGGAUCGAAUACUGAGGAGGAGGAGGAGGAGGAGGAGGAGGAGGACUAUGGCCUUAGUAGCUUCGUGCGCGCCAAUGGAGCCCAGACCUGGAGUAGUUACGCAGAAGCCGUCGGAGCUCCAUCAGACCGAACUUCCCGCAAUGACGCAUCGCCCUACGCUGAAGACCUAGGGGGAAUGCGUAGCAUAAUAUCGCGUCUGGCAGAGCGGGAUGAUAUUCCGGAUGAUUGGUGGGCUUCAGCGGGACUGAGCCGUAACCUCCGCCGCGAGCCCAUGAGUUGAGCCCCAAAUUCAAAAGACUGGACCACGACAAUUGCACUUUUCAAUGAACAUUAAUGCGGGAUGGGAGAUAUUGGGGGUCCAAGGGCACAAUUGUGAUACCACUGUAGAAUAGGAUGUUUGCUACGCAAAAAGUUUGCACGUUUGACUUGGGAUAAGAGGCGUUGGGCGCGGAUGCGCGGAUAUGGAGUUUUUGACCUUGGCUCUGAGUUCAGAGGCUGCAGCUUUUAUUUGGAGGGGGCGGGGGUUUUCUAUACAAUUGUGAAUAUUGAUGGGUUUAGGAGUUCGACUGCAAUCUUUUUGGAGGAGGCGUGCGGAUCUGCUUGCCACGAAUUGUUUUUGCUAGCUUUCUGCAUUCAUAGCGAAUAGUUAGCUUUUCAGAGUACAUGGUCUUUUUCCUCAUCAAAAU